AAUUGGAAAUUCAUCGCUCCACGAGCGGCUUGGUGGGGCGGGUUUUGGGAGCAAAUGGUUCGAUCAGUUAAGACCCCUCUGAAAAAGGUUCUGGGGUGCAGUUACGUAACUUAUGAAGAGCUGAGCACCAUAUUGACGGAGAUAGAGGCUGUGAUUAAUUCUCGACCUUUGACCUCCAUCUCCUCUGAGCCGAACGAACCAGAACCAUUGACACCCGCAUAUUUCCUUGUCGGUAAACGACUGACUUCCUUGCCAACUCGUGGAGGAGAGCCAAUGUUGUCAUCAGCCAACGAUCUAACUCGCCGUUGGAAGUACCGUGAGACGCUAUCGACCACCCUAUGGAAGCGCUGGCGCCAGGAAUAUCUCUGUCCUCGAGUAAAAAUACGGGUGAAUGACUUGGUGCUACUGCAUGACGACUUCCAUCCGCGACAAACCUGGAAAACUGGCCGCGUCGUGCAAGUGUUCCCGGGACGAGACGGCCACGUCCGAUCCUGCGUGGUCCGUUUGUCAGGAGGAACAACGAUUAGACGUCCCAUUCAACUGUUACAUCAACUGGAAGCUCAUAACGAAUGAGCAAUGCUCAUUCGGCGGGGAGGAUAUUAAAUAUU